CUGAGCAUUGACAAGGGCCGCUUGGGCAGAGUGAUGAGUGAUGAGGACUCUGAGACCCCUGCCACCGAGUUACAGGGGGGAGAGGAGAACGAGCUGCCUAUUAUCCAGCUGUGUGGGCUGGUGGAAGAGCUCAGUUAUGGAAACUCUGCUCUCAAAACUGAGACAGAGAUGUUUGAGAAAUAUUAUAAUAAACUGGAGCCCAGGGAUCAGCGACAUCCACGGUUAUCAGAAAUUAAAAUCACAAGAGCAGAAUUUGCACAGUUACGAGGCAGGUACAGAUCCAAAUCCCGCGUAGGUGUGGACCGUGCGAUAGGCCUCAGUUACGACCAAAAAUGUGAGCUUGUACUAAAGGAGCUGGAUGACAUGAAGGAUGAAAUAAGGCACAUGAGAGCAAAUGCUGAACGAGAUCUGCAGCACCAUGAGGCAAUCAUUGAGGAAGCUGAAAUGAGAUGGGUUGAAGUCUGCAGAGCAGUGCAUGAGUUUAAAAAAGAUGUUCUAAAAACUAUAUCCAAGAAGAAAGGGAGUAUUUUGGCCACUCAGAAAGUGAUGAAGUACAUUGAGGACAUGAACCGCCGGAGGGAUAAUAUGAAGGAUAAAUUAUGUUUGAAAAAUGUUUCUCUCAAAGUGCAGAGGAAAAAGAUGCUUUCACAAUUGAGGCAGAAGGAGGAGGUGGGCGAGGCCCUCCAUGACGUUGAUUUUCAACAGCUGAAGAUCGAGAAUGCUCAGUUUUUAGAGACCAUUGAAGCAAAGAAUCAAGAACUGAUCCAGCUAAAGCUGGCAUCUGGAAACACCCUGCAGAGACUCAAUGCAUACAAAAGCAAGCUACAGCGAUCAACGGAAAUGUCCAUCCAUCUGGACAAGGAGAUCUUGCUGAGAAAUGAGUUACUUGAGAAAAUUGAAAGCGAAACCCUACAAGCAGAGGAGGACCGGGCCAAGGCUGAGGCCGUGAACAAGAGACUCCGCAGACAGCUGGCUGAGUUCCAAGUGCCGCAGGUGAUGGUGUACGUGCGGGAGAAGAUCCUAACUGGGGACCUGGAGAAGACCAUCAAGAUGUGGGAAAGGAAAGUGGAGAUUGCAGAGAUUUGGAGCCGAGAAGUAGCAGAGAAGCACGGCAGGAACCUGCAGCUUCUCACUUCACUAAACAGAAACCAGCUCUUUAGAAGAUUCUUCCAGACUGGCUGACUCUUCCACACAGAGUCACCUGCCUCACCACAAGGCUGGAUGCGGGUUGCGUUAUGAAAAAUCACAAUCGCUUUUUCCCAAGUGACCUUCUCCCCUCACCCUCUUUUUCCUCUUUGCAGAUGACCUUAAAAGGCUACCGCAAGGCUUGGAAUAAAAUGAAAACCACCAA